CGCCACCUAGGUUGUCGGAAACGCCGGCGCGUCGUGAACCGGUCGCCAUUCUCGAGUCUCCCAAGGAGGUGGCUGACUCUGAUCUGUCCAGUGACUCUGAGUCAGAUGCCGACGAGCCCACCUCUCCUCCACCUCGAAAGACUCCCUCACCCACCCCUGUGACCGCGGAUGCAACUCCUCUCUCCAAUAUUCCACCAGAAGCGGAUCCAGUUCUGCUCUCUCUUACACCCACAAAAGGGUCCGCGGAGGGAGACUUUGAGAUCUUCAUUUUCGCCAGCGGACUGACUGACUCGGUAAUGAAAAGCGCACUUCUGCUGAUUGAUGGUUAUACAAUCGCGGCAAACAGAUGGAAAGUGGAAGGUGGCCACUGGGUGGAGGCACCUGCUGGGACCACACAUCGCCUAACAGUUCGCCUUCCCCCGAUGCCCGUUGGCAAGGUGUACAUUGAGUUAGAGACCAUGUUCAAGGGGCGUAUCCGAUGUCCACAGCCCUUCACCUUUGAAACUGCCGCACGGCCACCAUCUCCACCAGUAGCCUUGCUUCCGAGCAAAAAACCGUCUGCUGUGGUCUCUCCUUCUGCCAAACCCAGUCCUCCCACUGAGAAAGAUUCUCCCGGUAGGUGUUACUCCCGAUCGGUGGUCUUCACUUUAAAUUAA